CCAUACUCUAUUUACAUAAGGAAUUAAGCUUCCAUGUGUAUAUAAUCUUUUUAAGAAGAAGGAUGGGUGGUAUGUAGGGUGUUCAAGAAGAAAUUGGCAGCGACGGUGAGGAAAAUGGGAGAUUACGAUUCAUCGCCAUCGCAUUGGUACGAUGAUCAACUCUCUUUCAUGGCCUCCGAGCUUGAUUCUAGUUCUCCACGACAGUUUCUUCCAAAUCAUCAUUAUAACCGCCACCAUCACCAUCACCAGCAUACAUUACCUUGUGGCCUCAAUGCGUCUUCAGCUUAUGCAUUCAACAACAACAACAACCGUAACUUGCAAUGCAAGCAAGAGCUCGAGUUACAUUACAAUCACAUGGUACAACAUCAGCAACAAAAUCACCAUCUUCGUGAAUCUAUAUUCCUCCAGCUUCCUCAGCUCGAAAGCCCUACUAGUAAUUGCAACUCUAAUAACAACAAUAACUUGCAGAAAUCAUCAAAUGUCUCUCAUGAGGAACAAUUACAACAAGGGAAUCAAAGUUUCAGCACUCUUUAUUACGAUCAAGGAGUAGAGCAAAUGACUACUGAUUGGAGAGUUCUCGAUAAAUACGUUGCUUCACAGUUUAGCAAUGAAGAGGCUGCAGCCGCGGCUUCUGCUUCUACCUCUUCUCAUCAAAACAACGUCAAGAUUGACACGAGAAACCCCGCUUAUCAAGUGAUAGAUGAGGGAAGAAAUUUGCUGGAGAAUGAUUCUGAAAGGGUUGUUGAAAUGAGAGAUGAGUAUACAAAUUCUCAUGCUGCUUCUACUUCUUCGAGUUGUCAUAUUGAUCUCUGGAAAUAGUUAAAAAAGUGAAGGAGAUGAAAGAUGAAUAUAUAUGAAAAUACAUGCACACUAGUGCUAUGUAGAUGAUGAUGGUCACAGUUUUAAUUAUACUUAUGGAAGGGAAAAACAAGGUGUUAUUUCCCUGAUUUAUGGAGGUUUUGUACAUAAUAAAAACCUAUGUAGGGA